UUUUGUGCUGCAUUAAGAUACCAGUCAAAAUAUAGAAAUGAGUUCGGAGAACGUCCAUACUUCUCAGUUGAUCGUUCCUUCCUGGGUCGAAGAAGAUCAAUUCAUAAUUGCUAGGAAGAAAAAUGGUUAUUUGGAACAGUGGCACACGUUUCUCCAUUCGAAAUCUGGGGAGAAAGUUUCGACUCAAAUUUCUUCGCAACCUCAUUACUGGCAUUUGGAAAGGCAUGGGCAGGACAAUACAUACCGUUGGAGAUUUUAUGCGAUCAACAGUUCAGGCACUAAAUUAUACGUGAUAUAUGAUGAUAACGGAAAUGUACAUCUGGAUUCAUCAGAGAUGGAAUCUAAGAAAAGAUUAUUUGACGUACUUUUGAGAUCUGAUGGAGGCGUAUUUCUCCGUGAACCUAAAAAUACAGCCGACCAAAGUCAGACUAAAUUCAUGACAACCGACGACACAGAACAGCUUCACAUGGUAUCUGAUGAAAAUCCCGGUCAAGAAUUCGAAUGGUUCAUUCUGAAAACUCUUGAUGCUAUAGGACAACAACAUCGAAUGCCUUUUCAUGUUGAAAUGUACGUUUAUCAAGGAUCUGAAAAAUGGAUAAGUCAGGAAGUUCUUGCUCAAACUAAAAUCGCAGUGAACCAAACCAGCACCCAACAUGAAUGGCGAGUCACUAUAGGAGACCGUUGGUCGUUCCAUACGGGUGUUUAUCAUGCUCACCAUGUAGUUCGUAAUGGUUUGGAUCUGAUACUUCUGGACAUCGUCGAUGAUGAAAAAAGUCGAUUAUUUCCCGCGGAAGGAGUUUCACAACGAUACAUGUUUCAGUCUCCACAAAAAAAAGUUUUGUAUUUAGGCCACGGCAGUCGGACUGUGACACUGAAAGCUAAAAGUCAUGCUACCUGGUGGGAACCAAUAUUAACGCAUAUGUCAUAUGUGGGAAAAUACUCCCUCGUAUAUUAUUACCCACCGCUUCGUGAAAGAGAUCUCCCAUCUCAUUCUCAAGCCUGCACCGUUACUAUUUAACUUUCAACCGGUUCAUGUGAUAGGUACCAUAACAUGUCAAUCCCCGAAAAACGCGCU